AUGAAGGGCAAUCCGAUCGAAACCUUGAAGGCGACGAAGAACCAGGCGAAGUCGUUGAUGUCGGUGAGGUGGUCAGCAGUACGUACACCGUUGAAGCAGGAGGAAUUCGGGCAGGCGGAGCGGUAUCUAUUACGAGCGGUUCAGGCCGAAGCGUUCGGGGAUGAGUUGAAAACCUUGUUGAAGAAUCGAAACAGACCUACGAGUGAGUGGAUAGUCUUGGAGAAGUCGAGCCCACUGUACAAGUUGACGCCACUAGUCGACGAAAACGACGUGAUUCGGAUGGAAGGACGUACGGAGAAAGCCGAAUUGUUACCAUUCGAUCUGCGCUUUCCGGUGAUUCUACCGAAAGACCACCAUGUGACGGAGUUGAUCGUGCAGCACUACCACGAACGCUUCGGGCACGGUUAUCGAGAAACGGUUAAAAACGAGAUUCGGCAGCGGUUCUACAUUCCAAAGGUCGGUACGGUGGUGUACAAAGUAUCGAAAGCGUGUCAGUGGUGUAAAGUCCAUCAUAGUCGUCCACGGGUGCCGAGGAUGGCAGCUUUACCGGUACAGCGUUUGCAACCCUAUCGGCGACCGUUCAGUUUCACCGGAAUAGACUACCUCGGCCCAGUUAACGUUACGGUAGCGCGUCAUAGCGAAAAGCGCUGGAUAGCCGUGUUCACCUGUUUCGUGACACGCGCUGUUCACCUGGAAGUGAGUGCUAGCCUGACCACACAGUCGUGUUUGAUGGCUAUUCGUCGCUUCAUGCAUCGUAGAGGGCCACCGCAAGAGUUCUUCUCCGACAACGGGACUAACCUGAAAGGUGCAAGCAAGGAGCUGACAGGGAUGAUCAACGAUAUCAACAGCGACUGCGCGGACGAGUUAACCGACGCGCGGAUGCAGUGGUCAUUCAACCCACCAGCUGCCCCCCACAUGGGUGGGGUAUGGGAGCGAUUGGUCAGAUCGGUUAAGGAGGCGUUGGAAGCAUUGAACGACGGGAAGCGGUUGACAGAUGAAAUUCUACACACGUCAGAAACAGCAGCAGAAGAUAUGAUUAACUCGAGGCCGCUGGUGUACGUUUCGCAGGAGACAGUUGAGGCAGAAGCACUCAGUCCGAACCACUUUCUGCGAGGUGUUUCACCGAACGAGCCACAGAUGGUUCCCCCUCCACCGCACCCUGCUGAAGUGUUGCGGGAUGCAUAUAAGCGUUCGCAAGAGUUGGCGCAGGAGAUGUGGGGCCGAUGGAUCAAGGAGUACGUGCCGUCGUUGAACCAGCGGUCGAAAUGGCACGGUGAAGCGAGAGUGCUGAAGAAAGGCGACCUAGUCUACGUAGUCGAGGGGUCCAAGCGAAGAUCCUGGGUACGUGGAAGAAUCGAGGAGGUCAUCCCGGCGAGUGACGGCCGCGUUCGGCAGGCCUUGGUCCGGACGAGCAGUGGUUUGUUUCGGCGAGCUGUGGCGCAGUUGGCUGUGAUCGAGGUUGGCGAAGAAGAUGGUGGUAAAGCCAGACCGGAAGUGGCCUCCGGACUAGGUUUACGGGCCGGGGAAAUGUUGGGAGCACUGCACUGA